AUGUUUUCUAUACUCAAGAAAAGGACAAUUCCAAGAUUAAUAAGACAAUAUUCAAGUAAUAGUCCAAAAUCAACUAAUUAUUUAUAUUAUACUGCAUUAUCUGUUGGUUUCAUUCUGGUUGGUUAUUAUAUUGGAAUCAAUUCAAAAAAUUCAACUCCGAUUGCAACUCCAUCAAGAUCAACAAGUCCAUUAUCUACAUUAACUACACCUCAAUAUGCAAAUGAUAGUAAAUUUAACAUUGCAUUUGAACAAAUUAAACAGAUAGUUGGUGAUUCAAAUAUAACAUUUGAAGAAGAAGUAUUGCUUUCACAUAAUGAUUCAUUUUUUUCAACACAUCAUCCACCAAAUCCACAAGUUCAAAAACCGAAAGUAGUAGUAUAUCCAAACUCAACAGAAGAUGUAUCAAAAAUUCUUAAAAUUUGUAAUGAGUAUAAAGUUCCACUUAUUGCAAAUUCAGGUUUAACUUCAUUGGAAGGGCAAAAUAUUCAUACUCGUGGACCAAAUUCAAUUUCGUUAUCAUUUUCAAGAAUGGAUAAGAUUUUACAAUUUAAUCCUAAAGAUUUAGAUGUUGUUGUACAGCCAGGUGUUGGAUGGGUUGAAUUAGAUGAUUUCUUAAAAGAUCAACAAGAUUCAAAUUUAAUGUUUGGACCUGAUCCUGGGAUUGGUGCAAAUAUUGGUGGGAUGGUAGGUACUUCUGCUUCAGGUACUAAUGCUAGUAAAUAUUUAACCAUGAAGGAAAAUGUUAUAAAUUUAACUGUUGUAUUACCGGAUGGGACAAUUAUAAAAACUAGACAAAGACCAAGAAAAUCUGCUGCUGGUUAUGAUUUAACUAGAUUAUUUAUUGGAACUGAGGGCACUCUUGGGGUUAUUACUGAAAUAACAUUGAAAUUACACGUUAGACCUAAAUUUGAAUUUGUUUCGAUAGCUUCAUUCCCAACAAUAACAGAUGCUGCAAAUACAGCAGAGACUAUUUUAUCACAAGGUGUGAAUCCAAAUGCCAUGGAGAUAUUAAAUGAAGAAAUGAUGUCAUUUGUAAAUGAAACGAAUAUUGAUGGGAAAUCAGAAUAUUUACAAAAACCAACAUUAUUUUUUAAAAUUGGAGGUCCUUCAAUUUCAAAUGUUCAAGAUCAAUUUAAAAUUAUCGAGUCAAUAUCAAGUGAAAAUAAAUGUCUUGAAUUUAAAACAUCACAAAAUCAAGAUGAAAAUGAAGAAUUAUGGUCAGCUAGAAGAAAUGGAUUAUGGUCAACAUAUCAAUAUGGAACUAAGAUUUUAAAAGAUCCUGAAGAUGUUCAAGUCUGGACUACUGAUGUAGCUGUACCAAUUUCAAAAUUAUCUAUAACAAUUGCUGAGAUAAAUCAAAUGUUAAUUGAUGAAGGAUUUGAAGGAAAAUUUUCAGUAAUGGGUCAUAUUGGAGAUGGAAAUUGUCAUUUUAUAAUAUUAUAUAACUCACCUGAUUAUUUAAAAGUUUCAAAAGCAGUUGAUAAAAUGGUAUUUACAGCUUUGAAAUACGAAGGUACAUGUACUGGUGAACAUGGAGUUGGAAUUGGAAAGAGAAAAUAUUUACCUAUUGAAUUAGGUGAGACUUCAAUUGAUUUAAUGAGACAUAUCAAAAAAGCAAUUGAUCCAAAUACGAUAUUAAAUCCAGAUAAGAUAUUUAAAAUUGAUCCAAAUGAUGAUUUAGAUGAACAAUUGGAACAUGGGAAUUUAUUAGAGAAACAAAAUUGUAUGUACAACCAUUAA